GGAGUCCACAGCAUUAACGAAAGCUACACACAGGGCGGAAUGAACGGAAACCCCGGUACCCCCAGCAUCAUCCUCAGCCCAGCGGAACUGUGGAAACGGCCAGGCUCGACAUGACAGCCCUGGAGCCGGAGAAGACAGACCACCGGCGGCCGCGGCUCAUGGUCCAACCACAGGCGCUGUGGGCUGCGGUUCGCUACGCCGUGCUGGCCGCCCUCUGUGUCUUGUGCUACAGUAAUUCUCUUCACGGGGAAUUGGUGCACGACGAUGUGUGGGCUAUCAUUAACAACCCGGACGUCCGACCGGGGUCCAGCCUUAGGAACAUAUUCAGUAAUGAUUUCUGGGGCAAGAGGAUGGCGGACAACACGAGCCACAAAUCCUACAGACCGCUGUGCAUCCUCACCUUCAAGUUGAACAUCCUCUUGGGCGGAAUGGCUCCUCUAUAUUUCCACAUGGUCAAUGUGUGUUUGCACUGUGCUGUGACCUGCCUGCUUCUGCACACAUGUCAAUAUUGUGUGUUUGCAGACUCACGUCUGGCCUUCCUCACAGCACUACUCUUUGCUGUGCACCCUGUCCACACCGAGGCCGUGUCUGGUGUCGUGGGCAGGGCUGAUGUCUUGGCUUGCCUGCUGUUCUUGCUGACUUUUCUCUCCUAUAUUAGAAGUGUGGGUGGGUGUGUCUCGGAAGACUCUGUGCCAUCCACUGCCUCGGUGUGGUCUCUGGUCAUCAGUUUGCUGCUGGGCACCUGCGCCAUGUUAGUGAAGGAGACAGGCAUUACCGUGUUUGGAGUUUGUAUGCUCUAUGAUGCCCUGGUUCUCUGCCACAAGCCUCUUGUAAAUCACCUGUAUGGCUUCAGACCCAGCAACCUCCUCUAUAGCUCCUUUAUCAAACGAGCCUGUGUGAUAUCUGGAUAUGUUGUGAUCAUCAUGUCACUCAGACUGUGGCUGAUGGGAGGGUCCAUGCCUCUCUUCUCUGAACAGGACAACCCUGCUUCCUUCUCCCAAUAUCUGCUCACCAGGAUUUUGACCUACUCAUAUCUUCUGUCAUUCAAUGUCUGGCUGCUGCUCGCCCCUAUCAUGCUCUGUUAUGACUGGCAAGUGGGCAGCAUCCCCCUGGUGGAAUCUCUGAGUGACUUGCGCAACGUUGCCACAAUGCUUCUGGCCAUUGUGAUGAUUUCUUUUUGCCUGCACUGCAUCCUCUCACUGCAGAGACAAGAGAGCAGGGAAGUGUUAGUGGGACUAUUGUUCCUGGUGUUUCCCUUCAUUCCUGCAAGUAACCUCUUCUUCAAUGUUGGAUUUGUUGUGGCAGAGAGGGUCCUCUACAUGCCCAGUAUGGGCUACUGUAUCCUGGUGACUCAUGGUCUGGGUCGGCUGUGUUCGUUGGUUGGUCGAUGUGGUACCACAGUCCUCAGUGUCUCCAUGCUACUACUCCUCCUGCUCUUCUCCUUGAAGACGGUCCAACAGAACUAUGUCUGGCUUUCAAGGGAGGCACUUUUCAAGUCUGGUAUCCAGACUUUGCCUCACAAUGCCAAAGUUCAUUACAACUACGCUAAUUUCCUGAAAGACAGUGGUCGUCAUGAGGAGGCCAUUCACCACUACACCACUGCCCUCAGGCUUUAUCCACGACAUGCCAGUGCCUUAAAUAAUCUUGGCACUCUGACACACAGUCCAGAGGAGGCUGAGCACUACUACAGAAAAGCACUGGUCACGAACCCUCAACAUAAUCGAGCUCUCUUCAACUUAGGAAACCUCCUAAAGUCCCAGGGAAAGGAGAAAGAGGCUGAGGCUCUGCUUAUAGACUCCAUAUGCUUUGGUCCACAUUUUGCUGACGCAUACUCCAGUCUGGCAUCACUCUAUGCUGAACAGGUGAAAUUUCCACAAGACAAGAAACGCUUUUCUGAAGCCAAUGCAGUGUAUCUGAAAGGCCUAGAGAACUGUCCAGACAACUCAGACCUGCAUAAUAACUAUGGAGUGUUUCUGGUGGAUACAGGAAAGGAAGACCUAGCAGCAACUCAUUACCAGGAAGCAAUUCGGCUCAAACCAGCACACUAUGUGGCCAUGGUGAACCUGGGCCGUCUGCUCCGAUCAUCCAAUGAUAACAAAGCAGCAGAGUCUUGGUACAAGAGGGCACUGCAGGUGACGAGGAAGGUGGAAAUCCUGACACCACUUGGAGCUCUAUACUACAACACAGGCCAUUAUGAAGAGGCCCUGCAGGUGUACAGAGAGGCCGUUGCCCUCCAGCCAGACAGCACUGACAUCUGGCUUGCUCUGGCUCAGGUUCUAGUCAUGGCUGGUUAUACCACGGAUGCUAAGAAGAUGACCUUGGACAUCAUAUCCAGAGGUGACAGCUGUAUUGAAUGUUACCGCCUCCUGUCUGCCAUCUACAGCAAGAACGGCAACUUUACAGAGGCUCUGGAUGCUCUGGACAGGGCCUUGCAACAGAAUCCCAGUGAUGUGACUGUACAGGCAGAGCUGUAUUUCUCCAAAGGAAACCAGCUCAGAGAGAUGAACCAGCUGGACCAAGCCUUUGAGAACUAUAAGCUUGCUGUUGAACUCAAACCUGACCAGUCGCAGGCCUGGAUGAACAUGGGAGGGAUUCAACACAUUAAGGGAGACUAUGCAGCAGCCAGGAUGUACUACCAGCGAGCUUUGCUGCUGAGCCCUGGUUCUAAACAUCUGAAGGAAAACCUGGCCAAGCUGGACCGUCUAGAAAUGAAACAUACAGGAGGGGAACAACUGCCACAACAAACGCUGCAUCAUCCUGGACAUGGAUCAGACGAGGAAGGCCCUGUCGAGACAACUGGAGCCUAAAUACUAGCCACCAGACUACUUGAUAACAUGAACAUGGACAUAGACAGUGGGUUUGGUGUGCUGGAGCCACAGUCCAGAAACCUUCCAUGGUUGAAGAUCUCUAUUAACACUGAAACUGCAUCGUCUGCAUCAGCUCUACUUUAACUCACACAUGUGCUUUAGACAUUUGUGUUUGAUUGAUUUAGAUUAUCUAGACAAGAUAAGCUUUAUGGCACUUGAUCACAGAUUAUAUUAUAUUAUAUUAUAUUAUAUUAUAUUAUGUUUAGGGCCAUCAACAGAUAUUUAUUUAUAUAAAAUCAUGGAAUGAAUAUAGAAACACAAAAAGUAUGUUUAAAUUCAAAGGCUUUCUUUAAACUUUAAACACAGUUUAUUACAUUACAUGUCAUUUAGCAGACGCUUUUAUCCAAAGCAACUUACAAUGGAAUCAAGUACAAUUAGCCAGGGGUGGAAUCGAACUUUCGGCCAUGAUGUCUUUCAUACACAAGGUAGGGUCUUAACCACUGAGCCACUCCACCCCAUCUCCUAAUUACAACAAAUUUGGCACAAAAAAGGGAUCUUGAUGUUUUAAACAUGUUAGUAAAUUUUCACAGAGAAAAAGAAAUACAAAAGAAAAAACAAUUGACACAGAAUGAAGUGAUGGGUGAUACAUUUAAAGGUCAAGCAUGAUGCUCUUGUUCGGUGCUGGGAAAGAGAGAGGGAGGGGGAGAGAGAGAGAGAAAGAAAGACAACACAGAAAACACUGGACACUGAAAGAGAGCGCACAAACGCACACAAGUCAGGGAGGGCAAGAGAGAUAACAAACUCACAGAGAGAAAGAGGGAGAGAGAGAAACAGCGUGUGCACACACACAUACACACACUUUAGUUUUGUCCAACAAGCCGUCUGGAAACUAUUUCAAAUUAAACUUUCAGCCUAAAAGUCCAUCAUUGCAGUGUAGACUUUCCUGUAACCAGGAUGGCUCAGUUUGCCUGCACACAUGACCACAUCACCACCGUAAACAACGUUAACGGCGUUCAUUUAUUUAAAACGUGUUAAUACUGACAGCACUAAUUAUAUUAUAUUAUAUGUCUUCUAUGACAAUAAGGCUGGCUAGGUAUUUGCAAAGUGUUUUAGGAGCAGUCUCAGCUGGCUCAGGUGUCAUCACAUGACCCAUCAGCUACAACGGGUAACUGGUUCAAAUGUACAUGGUUGUAUUUAUAUAGUUCUUUUCUAGUCCAUCGCAGGGCCUACACACAAAGACAAACACACACAUACACAGAAAGGUAGUUUUUGUUGCUUUUCUGGUGCUUUUUUGGUAACUGUCCAAGUGAGCUGUCCGUGACAAAAAGCCACAAACAGCAAGCAGCAAGUACAUCAUCACCUAGAUGGCCUCCAUUGUUUGUGUCGUGUAACAACGUCACAGUAGUUCUCUUUAAUAGCAUUCGUUUUGUGUCUCACAUUGGACCCUGGGACCAUGUGGACCCCAGCAUGUGAAGAGAUACUCAGCCCAAGGGAAGGCAAUGCUUCCUGUGUUCCUGUGUGUGGCCGGCCGUCUGCUUAUGUCAGUCGUGUUUCUGUUUCUGUUGCUUGUCACUAAUAAUGCCGACUCUCUGCUGAUCUAUGAUCGCCAAGCGCUCCUUACUAUUCGAUUUGCCAGUCAAAACAUACUUCGACUCCAGGGGACAUAAAACUCCUCUUCCCCCCACUCCUGUCGGGGAUAGCUGCUGAGCUCCUCUGCACACCAAUUCCUCGCUCCUGGAGGAGACGCUGAGGUAAAAGCACGGAGGGCUGCAGGUGACAAUCCAAAGUCCUUUGUGGCAUUGUAUCCCGGGAGCAGUAGGCCUAUGACCCAAGCCUUUUCGGUGUACCACGGAUCUGAUACCCGCCAUUUUGCUUCCUGGCAUUCUCUGGAUACACCUGGCUGGCACCUGUUGCCGGUGCAGAUGAGGAGUCCCGGACCCCUUGCCUUCGCUUCCCUCGCUUACGCAGAGGGGGGGUGAAUCACAACAACCUUGACCGCUGACCGCUCGGCACCCCGGACGGCUGAUGCCUCGUCUACUACCGUGAUGGCCCUGGUGAAUGCUAGAUCACUAGUAAACAAGACUUUUAUUCUGAAUGAAUUCUUCUCCUCCCGUGGUCUGGAUUUUCUGUGUGUCAUGGAAACCUGGCUUGGUGUCGGUGAGUUAAGCUCCUUCUCCGUACUUUUGCUGGCGGAGGGAACAUAUUUGAACUCUCCAAGGACCACUGGACGAGGAGGGGGAGCAGGGACAAUUUUUAAGAAACAUUUUAAAUGUCGCCAACUAUCUCCAGACUCUUACUCCAGCAUUGAAUUGUACAUGUUUGUGCUGGAUCAAUCUCAGCCAGUAGGCCUACUGUGUGCUGUGAUUAACUGACUACCAAAAUAUAGGAUUUUAUCAAUGACUUUUCUUUUUUUUUUUGCCGGGCUCAUGCCAAGAUAUGACAGGGUUUUUAUUAUUAUUAGUAUUAUCAUUAUUAUUAUUAUUGUUGUUGGAGAUUUUAAUAUACAUGUCUGUUGUCCCACUUAACCACUGGCUAAAGACUUUCUUGUUCUUAUUGACUUUUUUAAUCUUGAACAGUCUGUGACAGGCCCCACACAUGAGCAUGGGCACACACUGGAUCUCAUUCUAUCGUUUGGUUUACCUGUUUUUAACAUGGAAGUGUGUGAUGCAGUGUUCUUUGAUCACAUGCCUAUUCUAUUUGAGACCUCCCUCCCCUGUCUAAUAUCUGCACCAUGUGCUCCUGUUCGUAAACAUCAUGCAACAACAACACUUCUACUGCUUUACAGUUUUCUGCUGGUUUCUGGGACUCAGUCCAAGUCUCCUCCUUGUUUUGAAACUGAGGAGCGGACCUCACUAUUUUACUCCACUAUCUGAGUCCUGGCUAAAUGACACCCGUGCUGCCAGACAAGAGUGCAGGAGAGUUGAACGCAGGUGGAAAAAGGAUAAACUCCAGGUAUCUUUUGACAUUGACUGUGCAGAUACCAGAAAAUUGUUAAAAGUCAACAAAUUCAGUAUUUUCCUGGUCUUAUUUCAAAUAGUUCCCAUAAACCUUGUGUUUUCUUUAGCACCGUCAAUAAUGCUCUUAAUACUCCAAACCUUCUUGUUUUGAAAUCUCCUCAGAAAGCUGUAACAAAUUUCUCAAGUUUUUUGUGGACAAGAUUGAGACCAUUAGGAUGCACAUCUCUCCUCCCUUGCAUGACCCUUCGAUUUUUCACCAGUUUGAGCCUGUGUCACUGACUUCCCUUCAGCAAAUGGUAGAUCAUCUAAACCCUUCAGCCUGUCCUACAGAUAUUGCCCCCUCCCGCCUUUUUAAAGAGUUUUUUGUUGGACCAAGCAUCCAGGCAGGUCAGUAGCCUGAGUAACCAGAGAUCAGUUCCAGCUCAUUUUAAAAAUGCUGUAGUGCAGCCUCUUUUUAAAAAAGCCAAAAGUUCAAGUAUCAAAAGUUAUUUUGAUGCAGGGCAUGAAUAUGAUGUGAUACUUAUACAACUUAUCACCAGAUCACAAUGAGUAUCCACACACUGAAGACCCAUUUGAAGGAGGCAGGCUUGUUUCGACGCGCAAUUCUCUUGGAAUUGCAAGGUCCCCGGCAACCGUGGGGCUAUCGGACUAUGUGGCAGGUACUUCAACAGAAGCACAAACCACGUGUUAAACGUGACAUGAUGAAGAUAUUGCUGCGAAAACUGCAUCCUCAAGGGACGGAUUUGAGAAGACGUCAGAGGUUUACGAGACACAUAUAUCACUCAAUCAGUCCAAACUACAUAUGGCACAUACAUGGCUACAACAAGCCAAAGCCCUUUGGUUUGGCCCUGUCCCGAUGUAUCGAUGGCUUUUCUAGAAGAAUAAUGUGGCUUGUUUGUGGGAAUGCCAACAACAGCCCGUCUGUCAGCUCUCAUAACUACAUUAAUUGUAUCAAGAGUGUCGGUGUGAUCCCAAUGAGAUUGAGAACUGACUUUGGGACAGAAAAAGGCACAAUGGCAGUCAUACGAUGCACCCUCCGUCACGAGCACACAGACUACUAUGCUGGUUCUUCAAGUCACAGCUAUGGUUUGUCAACAGGGAAUCAGCGUAUCGAGUCAUGGUGGUCCUUUUUCAGGUAAGGGAGGUAAGUAAAAUAAAAAAUAGACGAAUAAUUAGCUGUACAUCAGCAAAUAAUUAAUGCAAAAUGUAUAACAACAAUUUCGGCAAAAUGCACUCCACCACAAUUCUGUGUAAAUUGUAGGCAUAUACACACAUUUUGCCAUGGCUUCAUCAAAGUACAAAAACAGCUGCUUCUCCUGCAAAUGUUUGUUAGAGUGAGCCAUAUAUAUUUAUUAUUGGUUUAUUUUGAUAUGGUCUGUAUCCCCAUUUUUCAAAUAAUACUUGUAGUUUUAGGUUGCACAAUCAUUAUUUCCUCCUGGUGUAAAAUACUCAGCUUUAAUUAAAGUAUUCAUAGGGCUCAGUUUUGGAUGGACUUGUUCUUAGAUCUCAGAGAUGCUGGACAUUUCAAUGGCAGCCAUGAACACCAGUGUUUGCUGAGAUUCUGCUUCAGUGAUGUUCUGCAGAAAGGCCUGAAUCGAUGCGUGGAUCUCUGGAACAACCACAGGAUUCGACCCUCCAGACUUGCAUCAUGUCCUGGGGGGAUUCCGAAUGAACUCUUUUUCUUGCCUCAAAGGUGUUUAAUUUGUUAAGGAAUGCAUAUUCUAAUGAAAUGCAUUGGUUAUCAGUAAUAUAUUUUGAUGAUGUGUAAGUAAAUUCAACCCUUCUACUGUAAGUUAGGGUUAGAUGUCUGUCUUUGUUUACUUUCACUUUUCUGUAUAAAAUCAAUAUCAACAACUUUUCCUCUCCUGCUUAUGUACAGGUUUGGUUCAAAGGACUGUGGAUUAACUGUUGAAAACAGGAAAUAAAUGGGUUUCCUGA